CAUUGCAGUAUGCAGUUAAUUGUUGCUAAUACAAUUUUUAUUUCAAUUUUCAACAGUAGAUAGAUAUAAUCCAAUAAAAGCUUAUUAUAGUUAAUAGUUAAUUCACAUGUUGAUUUACAUAAAUGAAGACUCCGCGUAAGCCUCCUGGCAGCAUAAUGAGAAAAUAUUAUCAGCUGAUUCUUGUUGUUGUAUGUUUUAUAAGUAUUAUAACUCUUUUAAUAUAUCGCCACGAAUACUAUCGGCUUCGAUAUGUCUUGGAAGUGCUUAACUUUUUCGGGAAACCAGGAUUGUCUGAAAUCGAGUUUUGCGGUCCCGGCUUUAAUGCGACCAUGCUGUCUGAAAUACUUCGCAACUCUUCAAUGGAGGUGCGUGAGACUCCACCUUUAUUCCAAGAAAUCGAUGAAAACUUUUACUCAUAUUCGUCUUUCUUACGAUCUUACAAUAAAUACGAUAAGCUUUCGCCGACACAUGCUCAUGUUAUAGACACGAUCGUGAUAGGCAAGGCUGAUGUGACGCCAAAAUACCGAUGCAAUAUUUGGCUUGAAAAUAAUCCCAAGCCUAAAGCAGGCCGAUUUAAUUACAAAUUAGUGUCUGACACUAUCAAUAAUUAUCGUUUAUACAUAUUUGAAUGCACAUUGAACAAAAAUUUAGGAAAACCAAGAGGCAUAAGUUUUUAUGUAAAUGAUUACAAUAUAAACCCUAUGCAUGCUCCAAUCAAUAAAAUGAUCCAAGUUAAUACAAAAAGGAAGCCCAGAGAGCGAAGCAAUAUAAAAUUUGUCAAUAAUAUUGAGCCUGCAAUAUGUAUUAUACCUAAUCGUAUACCAAUAGUGUCAAGGGAUGAAUUCAUCGAAUUCCUAGUAUUUCAUCAUUUAAUUGGAGUUGAUUAUUUCACUAUAUACGACAGUAUGAUAUCAGAGGAUGUUAUAAGAAGACUGAAUUUGUUUCCCUCAGAUAUUACUCAGUGGGAAAUACAAUUUUAUCCAUUAAAUUAUCCAUUCUUAUUUUCAAAAUCAUAUGAAAUUGUAAGGAAUGCGAUUGAACUGGACUGUUUGUUCAGACACUUUAGAUAUGAUAAAGAGGAAACAAACAAAAUAAGUCACAUUGCUGUACUUUCUUGGGAUGAAUAUUUAGUACCGAGAGUUCAUAAUAACUUUAAAGAUGUUUUAGAUGAUUUUGAUCCGACAAGAUCGCUACGAACCUAUGUAGUCCAACCUUUAAUGUUUUGCUUGAACCAAAAUGAUGAUGAUAAUGCUGAAAUAGGAUAUCCAGAUAUAACAAAGAAAACUCAUUAUUACACAAUGCCUCAAGACAAAACUCCAAUAAAAAUAAGAAAUUUUGACACCAUGUCUUCAUUUGACGAUCUAUUUAAUCUAACAUCCAGCAUUAAGGAUAUACCCUUAGAAUUACUAGGAUCACAUAAGUAUAGUGUAUGUAGAGAUAGCAAAAAAUUCCACCCAGAAGGCUACAAUGAAACAGAAAUGCAAGUGUUCCCGCACAAGUUUGAAGGGGCAAUGCUUAAAUUCGGUCAACCUUUAGUAAGCAAUAAAAUAUAUAGAUUGUAUAGAUCAGGCCAAAUUUGGGAUAAAUCUUAUAAUGAUAAUAUCAGAGAUAUGUUAUAAUUAGGUUGAUAGAGAUUUUGAUUAUAUUUAUUGGUUGAUUAUUCAUAUAAUAUAUAUACAUAUGUGUUUUUAGGACAUUGUAAUCCUAAUCUUAUGCUAAAUAUAACAUCAACUAAUCAAUUCGCUAUUUUGUCCUGUGCAUAAAAAAAAUGUCACAAUGUUAUAAUAAGUAAAUAGAAUUUAUAGAAACUAGUACUGUAUACAAAUUAACAUUUAUUAUAGUGUGUUAAAUGUAUUAUGCAUUUGUUUGUUAGUUUGUUAUAUCAUAAUGAUUUUUUUUUCUAGGGACUGUUGCUUAGAAACAAAAAGAAUGUGUGCCUUUUUAAAAGAUGAGGGUAGUUAGCUAGUUUUAAUCCAGUUUGUAUGUUUUAAAUUCAGUAAAAUUUAUUAGUAUAGGGACCAUUAACUCACCGGACAUACUGCCAAGAUAUAAUAUAAUGUAAUUUUUUGAGCUUUGUUCUCAUUACUGUAUAAAAGCGGACAAAGACAAAUAAGUUUGUAAACUCUGUAAGUAGUACCUUCAUUCAUAGACAAUAAUAUUAUGAGUUGUAACAUAUUGAAAUGUCAAUAUUUUGCCAUGGGAUUAUUUUUACAUUCACAAUUAAUCACAGUACUGGUACCAGUACUGGUAUAUAAUGAAGGGAUUUGGCAUUUAAGUACUAAACUCUGAUAUCCAUUACCAUCAUAAGAGAGAUUGAUUGGAACAGGAGUUAUUCAAAUUUAAUACAUUCAAUAUAUGGCUGAACUGAUGCCCAUAGAUAAUUUCAUUUGAAAAAAUGAUACAAUAUAUAAAGUUGAUAUUUUUUUUUUGAAUAUUGUAUUAAAAUUAAAAAUGAUCUUGCUUUAAACACAGACUGCUUCAUUAUACAGAUUUUAAUUAUAAUGUAGUAAGUAGAGAAUUCAAUUAAUCUAGUCCAAGUGGUGUAUGAUUGAAGGUAUGUUUCUUUCUAAUGUUCGCUAAUGUUUUUCAUACUAUGAACCAAUAAAGGUUGUUGU